GGGACAGAGCGAUACCUGAGCCAAUCACAGCCAGGAAUCAGGACAGGCUCAGGUGAUGCAGCGUCUCUCUCACACCUUUACACACAGAGCCGCAGGGAUGAGUUUAGUGGGAUCGGCCGUAUGUGUGGUGCCCGGCGAGCCUCCAGGGCGUGGCGACGAGGUGCGGGCGUGGACUAAUGCGGGGAGUACGAAGGAGGCGCGGAAGGAUGCCAUGAAUAACUGUGGCUGCUGCAACGGCCCCGGCAGGUGGCGCGGCGCGGGGGGCGUGGCUGCAGGCGCGGUGGAGCGGGCGUGUGGAUGGUGGGGGUCGCGCGUGGCGGCCCAUCCUGGCCGCGCCGCGGCGGCGGUGGUGGUGGUGGCGGCCGCCGCCAGCCUCGGCUUCCUGAACCUGCGCUGCGAGUGGCGGCACUACCACCUGUGGGUGCCGCAGGACACGCUGUUUGGCCAGGUCAACGCCUGGCGCGGCGCACACUUCGCCCGUGAGCCGCGCACACACCUGGUGUUGUGGCGCGCUGACAGCGGCGGCGGCGUGCUGACGGCGGCGUCGGUGCGGGCCAUGUGGCGGCUGAACCAGCGGGUGACGGCACUGAGGGUGGACGCGGGCGGCGGCGAGGAGGCGGGGUGGCGAUACGUGUGCCUCAGAGUGCCGCAGGGCGAGCCGGAGGAUGGCGGCAGCGGUGGCGUGGAGGCGGCGGGCCUGGAGGGUGUGUGGGCGGCGCUGGCGCGGGACGGGGACCUCCGGGAGGUGCGGGAGGGCGUGUGCCGCAGCGCGGAGGCGUGGCCGCGGCGGUGCCUGGAGCGCAGCCUGCUGGACCUGUGGGGCGGGGACGGGUCGCGCGUGGCGGCCCUGACGGACGAGCAGGUGCUGCGGGAUGUGAACAGAGCGGGGGCACGAGCGGCGGCGGCGCGGAGCCUACUUGGGGGGAUGAAGCGGGACGUCGCGGGCCGCGUGGUGGCGGCGGCGGCGGCACUGCACACCUGGACGACGCGCGUGCAGGUGAACAGCAGCGGCCAGGUGGAGGAGGGCACGGGGCGGCGCGUGGACCUGGCGGGUCUGCGCUGGGAGGAGGCACUGGUUGGGGAGGUGGAGAGGACUGCGGGGGGGCCGCGGCCCCUGGUGCUGGCCGCCCACAGCCUGGGACGGGCCGCCACGCGUGCCGUGAUGGGGGACCUCAAGUGGGCGGGCGUGGGCACCGCGGCGCUGGUGGCCUACGUGGCGGCCACGGCCACGCACCCGCUGCCCGCCCUUCUGGGCCUGCUGCUGGGGCUGCCGCUGGCCAUGCUGGCCGCCUACGGCCUAUGCGCCGCUCUCGCCGUGCCCUUCAGCUUCCUGGGCGCGGCGCUGCCGGUGCUGGCGGCGGGCAUCGGCGUGGACCAUAUGUACCUGCUGGCGGCGGCGUGGGGGGCGGCGGGGCGGAAGGGGGGCACGGCGGGAAGCAUAGCAGAGCGGGGGGGCCGUGCGCUGCGACGGGUGGGCGCCGCCAUCACCCUGACCUGCGUGACAGACGGCCUGGCCUUCAUGGUGGGCGCCAGCACGCGGCUGCCGGGACUCAGGUGGUUCUGCUUGUAUGCCGCCGCCACCGCCGCCUGCGUCUUCCUGCUGCACGUGACGUUCUUCCUGGCGGCGCUCGCCCUGCACCAGCGCCGCCAAGACGCCGCCGGCGCUGCCCGCUGCCCCGCGCCGCCAUGUCGCGUCGCCGUCCUGCCGCGCGUCAUGGCGUGUUACGCCGACCUGCUGCUGCGCCCCGCCGUGUCUGCCGCCGUGGUGGCGGGCGCGGCAGCAUUGCUAGGCGCAGGGCUGUGGGGCGCCGCCAGCCUGCGCCACCAGCUGACAAUCGCCGAGUGGCUGCUGCCGCGCGCCUCGCCGGUGCGCCAGGCGCUGGAGGCUCGCCGCCAGUUCUUCCCCUCCCAGGGCGUUCACGCCACCGUCUACUUUGCCAACGUGACGCUGCCGCAGGAACUGCCGGGCCUCACCGCCCUGGCCGACGCGCUGCGCGCCUCGCCCUACGUGCACAGCGUCACCGCCUGGUUCACCGCCUUCCAGGACAGCCUGCCGCCGCUGCUGCCGCGGCCGCUCUCGCCGCGGCUGUUCAGCGAGGCCCUGGCGCUGUUCCUGCACCUGCCCCGCGGCGCGCGCUUCGCCUGGGACCUGGAGUUCGCGGCGCCGCUGCGGUGCCUGGAGGCCGCGCCGCGCGUCACGGCCUUCAGGAUGCACCUGCAGCACCGCGCCCUGCCCUCCAUGGCGCAGCAGCGCGCGGCGUUACUGGAGGUGCAGCGGCUGGUGGCGGAGGCGCCGCUGGGGGGCUUCCGCGGGGCGUGGGCGGAUGCAUACAGCCAGUGGGAGGCGGCGGGCGUGGUGACGACGGAGGCGGCGCGGGGCCUAGCGCUGGUGGCGGUGCUGGUGGGCGUGGUGACGGUGGUGGUGGUGGGUGCGGGGCGCGCGGCGGCGCUGGUGGUGGCGUGCGUGGCGGCCGUGCUGGUGGAGGUGGCGGCCGCCAUGCACGUGGCGGGGCUGGCCGUCAACACCGUCACCGCCACCGCCCUGGUGCUCGCCGCGGGGCUCAGCGUUGAUUACGCGGCGCACGUCGCCCACGCCUUCACGUCGGGGCGCGGCAGCCGCCGGGAGCGGGUGCGGGCGACCCUGGAGGGCGUGGGGCCGCCCCUGGUGCACGCGGGCGUGUCCACGCUCCUGACCUUCGCCGCCCUGGCGCCCGCCGCCUCGCUGCUCUUCACCGCCUACUGCACCGUGCUGACGGCCGUGGCGGCGCUCAGCCUCCUGCACGCCCUCGUGCUGCUGCCCGUGCUGCUGGCCUGGCUGGGGCCGCCCCCGCGCCCCCGCCACGACCCCGACCCCGCCUCGCCCAAGGACAGCACCACAGCCUUACCCUCCCUCUAUCCCGCUCCGCCCCGCCCCGCACGCACGCCCACCAACUCCUUGUCUCGCCCCAACACGCCGCCUCCGCCACCGCCUCAACCACCCACCACGACCCCAGGCAAUGACGACCCCUUACCCACGCCCCCCCACCCUACCACCCCCGCCCCUAGCACUCCGCAGUCCUUCUCCUCCCCCAACACUUUCCACCCCUCCACCCCGCCCCGCACUUCCCCUAACACCUCCCACUCCUCCACCCCCACCCCACACACGCCCCGCCCCUCCGUGCCCCCUCCAGAACCACCUCCACCCAGCCCCUCUCCCCUCCCACACACAUCUUCCCCCGCCACACCCACUCCGUCACUCCCACAUGACACACCACCACCACCACACUGAACCCUAAAUAACCACACACUAAGAUUCAGAAAUGGCACGGUGUAAAAGAAAGGAAGUUAUGAUGUACAAAGCAAAAACUGAGUCAAAACGUAAUAUUAACACGUCUGACACCUGAGAAAGACGAACAGGUGAGAGGAUAAUUAUUAGAGUCCUACUGACCUUGAAGGAUGCUGAUACGGGCGUCCUGGACCUUCGAACUCAGCUGCAGAAGGGAAAAAAAUUAACCUCGGGAACAAGAACACAGAACACGUGGUUUGUUUUGGUGUUUCGGGUUUGUUUACUUUACUGUAUGUUGAUGAACCUUUCAGUCUUUGCAACGGCUCUCAUUAUUUUCUUGUAAUUUUUUUUUUGUCUUUAUAUUAUUUGGUGACGUUGUAGAGAGUCUUAUUCAUUGUCGUUUAUUCUGUAUCUGUCUUAAGGUUAUAUUCUUCUCGUUCUUGUUCUUAUAAGUUUGUUCUUGUUCUUUUUUUAUAAUUUUGUUCAUUCUUAUUUGGUCACACAAGUUUUUUUUUUUCUGUGUCUGUCUUAAGGUUAUAUUCUUCUCGUUAUUGUUCUCCUAAGUUUUCUCUUGUUCUUGUUCUUUUUUCAUAAGUUUGUUCAUUCUUAUUUGGUCACUACAGAAUUUUUUAGUUUUUUUUAUCCUGUGUUUGUCCAUAAGUCAUAUUUAGGUUUUAUUAUUUCAAAGGACAUGCAAGUUUUAUCACUGAGAAUUGUUUGAGUUUAAUAUGUAUUGCUUGUAUUUUUUAUUUCUACGAUAUUUUUCUGUUGUAUUUCUACCUAGGUAUGGAGGAGAACUUAAGACAUAGAUCACAAUUGCAAUAAACUGUAAUGAGGUGUUGGAAAAGUUUCUCUUGUAUUCUUUUCUUAAUUUUACCUUUUUCAAUAUUACUUUUCUUUCUCUCAUUGUAUGUAAGUUUUUUUUUUCUGGUACAAUAAUUACAACUUCUCUCUAUAUAUAUAUAUCUCUUAGGUCAAAUAGUUGUUUUUCCUAUCUUCCUACUACUACUACUACUACUACUAUUACUACUACUACUGCUAUUACUACUACUACUACCACUACCUCUACAGCAAAAUUCUCGUAUUAUUUCUACUAUUUUAAUUACUACAUCAACCAGUAUUGCUCUUAUUUCCCCUACUGCUACUACUACUACUACCACUACUACUACUACUACUACUACUACUACUACUACAACUACUACAAUCACAAAGGUUACAGACACACACUAGGUUCAUGGUACACAGCCUUUUAUAUUUAAAAAUCCAUAAAGCACAGAGUAUCAAAAUGUCCAACCUCAAGUGUGACAAAAAAGGAUAUGGAGGAGGCCACGGGAAUAACAUCCAAUCACAUCGCUUAUAGACUCGCAUCCUCUUAGCUAGCAUGUUUUUUUAUCGCCUAUAUUCUAACUUAAUAUGAUACAGUGAGCCAUAUACUCUCUCGUCUCUUCUCUCGUAAACUGUAACAUUGGCCUAAAGACUUGUUAUAUAUAUAUGGGGCAUGAGCAAAGGGAAGGAAGGGAAGGGAAGGGAAAGAAAUGGAAGAAGAAAGGAAUGGGAGGGAAAGAAAUGAAAGGGGAAGAAAGGAAGGGAAAAGAGAAAGGAAAGGAAUGAAAGGAAGAUGUGGGAGAGAAAGAAAUGAAAGGGAAAGAAAGAAAUGGAAAAGAAGAGAAGGGAAAGGAAUGAGGCAAGGAAAUGAAAGGGGAAGAAAGGAAGGGAAAAGAGAAAGGAGAGGAAGGAAAGGAAGAUAUGGAAGAGAAAGAGUGGAGAAAGAAAUAGAAGGGAAAGAGGAAAAUGGAAAAGAAGAGGAAGGGAAAGGAAUGAGGGAAGGAAAACACAAAAACAAGAAUAGAAAUAGAAAGGACAAAGAAAAAGACAAAAGAGGAGGAAGAUAGAAAGAUUGAUAAAGACGGAAAAAGAAGAAUAAAGAAAAGAAAACAAAGAAAAGAAAGAAAAAAGCAGAGAUAUAGAAAAACACACAUACA